UUUUGUCUAAAGGGGGUGGGUUUAAAAAAUUAUGCACAAAAAACAGUCCUGUGACAUACAGCGAGGUGGCUUCCUAGAAGUGAAUGAAACAUCUGAGUAAGAAUCAGCGCAAGGGACUGGAAAAGGAACUUGACAGCUAGCUAGCCAACAAAAUGAGGUGGAGUAGGAGGUUCAGCCGCUGUUGCUUAUUUCUUAUAAGCCUGAUGAUCUGUUCAGCGGCAGUGCCCAUUAGUGUGGACAAGACAAAGGUGAGACUCCCUGAAGAAAAAGCCCAAGAGCCGCCGCAAAGUGUGCAGGACACUGGACUGCACUAUGACCGUUACCUCAGAGAAGUUAUUGACUUUCUGGAGAAAGACCAACAUUUCCGAGAAAAGCUCCAUAACACAGACAUGGAGGACAUAAAGCAAGGGAAGCUUGCCAAAGAGCUAGACUUUGUUAGCCAUCAUGUGAGAACGAAACUGGAUGAGUUGAAGAGGCAAGAAGUGGGAAGGUUACGGACACUGAUCAAAGCCAAACAAGACAUCGAAGGAGGGAAAGAUAUAUCAGUGGAUCACCAGGCCUUGCUCAAGCAGUUUGAAUACCUAAAUCACAUGAACCCCCACACCUUUGAGGUGGAAGAUCUAGAUCGACUCAUCAAAUCAGCAACAAGAGACCUGGAGAAUUAUGACAAAGAGCGUCAUGAGGAGUUCAAGAAGUAUGAGAUGAUGAAGGAGCACGAACGCCGGGAGCACUUAAAGACGCUGGAUGAUGAGGGGAGGAAAAAGGAAGAGGAACACUAUGAGGAGAUGAAGAAGAAGCAUGCUGACCACCCAAAGAUAAACCAUCCGGGCAGUCAGGACCAGCUAAAGGAGGUCUGGCAAGAGGCCGACGGUUUGGACCCUGAGGACUUUGAUCCAAAGACUUUCUUCAACUUGCAUGACACCAAUGGAGAUGGUUAUUUUGAUGAACAGGAGCUGGAGUCAUUAUUUACAAAAGAGCUUGAGAAGAUCUAUGAUCCCGCCAAUGAGGAAGAUGACAUGGUGGAAAUGGAGGAAGAGAGGCUUCGUAUGAGGGAACAUGUCAUGAACGAGGUGGACACCAACAAGGACAGGCUUGUCUCCUUAGAUGAGUUCCUGGUGGCCACAAAGAAAAAGGAGUUUCUGGAGCCAGAGAGUUGGGAGACUCUGGAACAAAACCAAGCCUACACUGAUGAGGAGAUGAGGGAAUUUGAAGAGCAUCUGGCCAGGGAGGAAAAAGACCUGAACCAGAAAACGAUAGACCUUCAGAAACAAAAAGAAGAACUGGAGAGACAACAAGAGCAGCUAAAUGCACAGAAACUGGAACUUCAGCAGGCAGUAGAACACAUGGAGAGACUGAAAAGCCAGAGAGCUGAGCCUCCCGUGGAUGUUCAAGAAGCUGAGAAUGCCAAUCCAACACCGGCUUUAAACAGAGAGCCUCUGCCUCCAGGUCAACAGCACGACACACCCUUGCACUCCUAGCUGGAUCUGAAACACCCCAGAAAGAAUCCAGCAUAUCAGACGAAUCAUUCAAUUCUGCCCCAGUUCACACCAGCAGGCACAGGUACAUGGGACCAGAAUUCUCCUCUACAGCUGAUGUGAUUAGAAUUUUGGCACCUUAAAAUGGCAUUCCAAUCAUUUUGUGUUUCACAGUAUCGGGAAUUUGCAUCCUCCUCUCUGCAGCGACUCAGCUCUCAUGGUUUACUAUGGUAUUGACUGAUUUUUAAAACAGACUAUCAUUCCAGUGCAUGAUGGUGGCUUUUCAAGUCACCCUCAGUUUCAAACUACGCCUAUGAAAGGUCUGAAUAUGCCAUAUAUCUGAAAGUUUAGUAUCUGAGAUGCUAAUCACUGUUAGCUGAAAAUCCAUGUUUUUUUUUUUUUUAACUUCAGGGCAUUCUCUAAACUGCAGAGUCCCCAGAGAAACAGAAAAGUCAAUUUUAUCACAAGAAAUAACCAUAGUUUCAAAGAUUAAUAUCUAUGCUGAGGUGGGAUUUUUAGUUAUUUUGUAUUUAAAUUAUCACACAUCUGCCCGAGUACUUUGCAGACGCAGAACUUGUAAUAUACCCAAUUUGGACUGUAUCUUUUCUUCUGUUCAGACAAACAGUUUACAACAAUCAGCAUCAUCAUUUAUCUGAAGUACCUCACUCUAUUAGGGCUGCACGAUUAAUCGUUUUUAAUCGCUAUCUUGAUUCAUACCUCUGUGCAAUCUCAUUCUUACAUCCAACAUGUUCGCAUUAGAGUGGAGAUCUGUUGCAUCAAGCCAAGCUCUCCCUUUUUCUCCGUUAGCUGUUUCAACAAAUGACUGGACUGUGUUACAUCACAAGACAAACUACACAGGAGAAGGGGGUAGAUUUGAGAAUAAAUCUAAUUCGUGACAAGGUGAAAGAAAAAAGAAAAAGCUUUUAAAACAAGAACAAAAUGUUUCAAGAAGACCCUUCUGGUGAGGAAGAGAAAAGAAAAUUUUACAACCCUAGUUUGAGCAAUAACAUUGUGUUCAUACCGAAUAGGGGUAACAUUCACAUGUGUUUUUUUGGAUUAACACAAUGAAUUUCUGGUAAAACAUUUAUUUGAAUGUGUUGCAAUUAAGAGCAGAUGAGGUUUAAGUUUUAUGUAGUUGCAGUUGUGUGCCGUUUCGGUUAUGCAAAGACGAUGCUGCAGUCCCAUUUCAGUAAUGAUCAUAUUGUCUUCAUAAAGGCUAUACAUUAUGAUGAUGAAGAUGAUGAUAAUGAUUAUAAGAAUCAUGAAAGAAAAUUGCAUUUGAAGAGUGGAAGAAAAUUAUGCACGUUUAACCCUGAAUCGUGCAGCCCUAAUCACUGUAAAACAUCUUAAAAAUAGAGCAAAGUUGUUUCACCAUCAUGGGAAAAGGGUAAAACUUUUCUCCAAAAGAUAACAAUAUAUUGAGUAUUAAAAUUGUGGAAUGAUUUCAGAAGCGAACAUAAUAUAUUUUUUAUCAAUUCUAAGAGUUGCUGGUAUCUCCACAAUGGUAUCUGAUGUCCGACACCAUUUCCACUAUGAUGAAACAGUGAGACUUACUGUCCCGCCAUUCAGCAUAGUCCCACCCCAUGAGGUUUUGCUUGGCUUCCUCUGAGAAGGUCCCCAGUCACAGCUCAGCUGUGCACAUAAUGCUGGACGUAACUCCUCUACCUCUUUCUCUCUAUAAGUUUCCCACCGAGUUGCAUUGUCUGAGCAAACUGCCCUUUGGCCCCUUUGCAUUAUUCAACCCAAAGGCAUCUGGUGGAGUGUGCCAAACCAUUUCUACAGACGGCAGAUUUUGUUGUUUUUUUUACAUGUUUUUUUUUUAUUCUCCCUCUUUGAUUACCCUUACCUUACAAAGUCAAAAUGCUUUACUUUACCAUUUGAAAAUAAAGUAAUUUAAGGCUU